AUGGGUUGUGAUUUUGACCUCCUGGCUGACAGUGGAAGAUUUACCUCCCCUGUGUACAGUGUCAAGAACUACCCCAAUCAGCUGGAGUGUAGCUGGAAAUUACGUUCCAUCUCUGGUCGACCAAUCAGCAUUAAGUUUACAGACUUUGAUACACAGAUGUACAAGGAUUAUGUCAAGCUUUAUAAUGGGCUGACAGGUCAGGACACUCCCCUUCAUAACAACCAAGGUCUGAGUGGGACAGCCUCCGGUACGAUUAUAACAGCUGAUAGUGGCCCCAUGUUGAUGACCUUCUCUUCUGGAGCUUACGGACAAAAUACUGGAUUCAAUGCUACAUUUUCCUCAGAUUGUACAGACUUGAUCAUUGACACUGUUCAUAUAAGUCCAAAGUCCACCCGCAUCCACAUAGAUGACCAGCUGACCGUGACAUGUCGGACUGGACAUUACUUCCUACCGCCGUAUCUGGGGUCGGAGUCUGUCCUUCUCACCUGUUUAGAGGGCGGUAUCUAUGAUAAGGAGCUUCCUACAUGUAGAUUGUCAAACUGUGGACCAGUCGACCAGAUCAAGUUUGGUUUUGUGAACUCAACCACAGGUGUAAGGGGAGGCGACUCUGUCCUCUACAAGUGUAAUGAAGGCUACACAGCUGAUAGAGACCUCAAUGUUGUGUGUGGAGCAGAUGGAAACUGGGGAACUAGACCGUCUUGUCUAGCUAGUGCCUGUCCUGUACAGCAUGCUGUGUCAGAGGGUUACAUGGAGGUGGUGUAUGGCAAUGGUACCAAACAUGGGACAAUCCUCAAAUUCUGGUGUAAAAAUUACUACGAGCUCAUUGGUCAAUCCAUGGUAACGUGUAAGAAUGGAGUGUGGUCGACAAACCUUCCAGAGUGUCAAAAGAGAAGUUGUGGGAAACAGAUGAUAGUCAAUGCCACUCUGAGUGUAACCAUUGACGACGUGGUGUAUGUUGGUGACUUAGUUGUUGUGACCUGUAAAUCCGGAUUUUCCCUCUCUGGAUCAGACCGCUACAGGUGUGGACUGGAGGCUCCACCCUCUUGUGAUAACAUUGACGAGUGUAUGACUUCCAACCCGUGUCAUCCUACACAGACCUGUACAGACAGUAAAGGAAGCUACACCUGUUCCUGUCCAGUAGGGUAUAAACUGUCGACCACGGACCGUAAUGUCUGUGUGGAUAUCAAUGAGUGUCUAGAAGACAACAGUUACUGUGAGAUGGACUGUCAGAAUACCCCGGGGUCGUACGACUGUCGGUGUCUGACCGGAGGGACACUGUACCCAGGACCAGGGGUCGGACAGCUCAAAGCAGUAGGACUACUGUCUGGGGAGACAGGACUGGAUCCUUGGAACUCUUAUCACAUAAAUCAUUCGUGUGUGGUAACCCAGUGUGACCUGCCAAUGUCUGAGUACAGAACGCCUGACAGAAAUGGCCGAGCGCUGACCCUGAAGACAAUUUUCCUGUUCAAGGACACAUUGACCUACUUGUGUAACAGAGGUUACACUAUCAAAGACACUCUAUCCCCCACUCAUACCCGGACCUGUCAGGCCGAUGCCACCUGGAGCUCACCUGUACCUGAAUGUCAAGAGAUAACAUGUGACUCCAACACAAUCGACCCUGGCUCUCCUAACACUGAAGUUAAAUAUGGAGAUUACUACACCCUGUCCUGUACAUACGGCAGUGUACCCUACACACGGAAGAGUUACUGUGCUUACCAUCCAGCCAUCAACAGAUACAGUCUUGUGGGUCGCUGUCCAUAUGACUGUAAUUCUUCACCAUGUAUGAAUGGCGGGACCUGUGAUGUUUUGACCGAGACAAGCUUUACGUGUAGAUGUGUCGCUGGUUAUACGGGGGAGUACUGCCAGAACUGGGAUCAGCAGUCUGUGUGUUUGAGUGGAUUCUGUGGGGAUCGUGAUGUGUGUCGUCCAUUUUACGUCAACGAAAGUUACGUGUGUCCCUGUACAGACCACUAUACAGAAGAUAGUAGCAGAAUUUGUCAACAGAACAACUACUGUGCGGGGUCGCCUUGUCAGAACGGAGGCACAUGCUUCAAUGGUGUAGGAGAGUACUAUUGUGUCUGUGUCCCUGGUUAUGGGGGGCUCAACUGUCGCUAUGACUACAACGAGUGUCUAAGUCUACCCUGUAAGAAUGGCGGUACUUGUACAGAGGUCGGCAUCAAUGACUACAGCUGUUCUUGUCCACCAGGUACUAUAGGUAAAAACUGUGAUGAUGUUGAUGAGUGUGCUGCAGGCCCUUGUGAUGCUGAGAAAACAGAUCAGUGCUACAACCUUGAUAAUGACUUUUACUGUCAGUGUAAAGAUAACUUCUACGGCAAAACAUGCUCUAAUGGAAACGCCUGUGAUAGCAAUCCUUGUCACCGCGGCGGUACCUGUAUGCCUAUGGGUGUGUCUUACACCUGUACAUGUGGCCCUCACCUGACAGGUGUGAACUGUGAGAUGGAGCUGGAUAAAUGUGAUGAUAUCCCGUGUCAGAAUGGUGGCACAUGUUAUAAUCAAGUCACCGACUUCAUGUGUAAAAACUGUGAUGAUGUUGAUGAGUGUGCUGCAGGCUCUUGUGAUGCUGAGAAAACAGAUCAGUGCUACAACCUUGAUAAUGACUUUUACUGUCAGUGUAAAGACAACUUCUACGGCAAAACAUGCUCUGUAAGUACACUCUAA